AUGCUCGCCAGAGAACAAACGCCCCCAAAGGCAGUCAAUAUCAUUCGCCCGUCGAUGUUCGCCAGACGGUCUACAUCUCAAUGCAAUGGCGACCAAUCCCAAUCUUAUUCAAACGCAUCCGUAUUAUCCACAGCCCACUCGACCAUCUCAUCAGCUAAUCGUAUUCCACCCACUAUAUUCAACCCCGCAAGUUUUGCGUCUGGAUUCUCUAUGCUUGGGCAACACAGCCAACCAAGCUGGCAAUCCGCUCGCCCACCUUCGCCCACACCCAGCUUUAUGAGCUCGAUAUUUCCUCAGCGUCUAGUACAGAGAGCAAGAAGUAACUCUACUCUCUCAAAGUCAACGUUCGUAACUGCCGACGAUACUUCCGACCUCGACCUCGACAGUAUUGACGGCAUAACUGACGAUGAGACCGAGUCCGAGACUGAAAGUGAUGAAGAUGAUAUUAGUGAGGACGAGAGUCAGAGUGAUUAUGAGAGUCAAAGCGACAACGAACUCCCCACACAAGUCGUCGCAAAGAUUAAACAUGGCACGAUUAUGAACGGCAGAGGUGAAUUUGUUUCCAAGGGGUCAACAGAAACCUUUUUCAAGGAUGACGAUGCCAGGGUCAACCGAAAGAUUGGAGACCUUGAGAUUGAAAAGAACUCCCUCUUGACGUUAAACCAAACAUUGGCGGCGACAGUAAAACGUCAGGAAGCUCAUAUUGCUGAGCUCCAGAAGCGUCUGGAUAGACCGCCAAGCACGAUAUUAUUUGCCCAAAGUUCUGCAAAUCUUAUAAAUGGCGUUCACAGCAGGAUUGAGUGGCCACUGUCACCUGUCUCAGAAACGGAGACAGACAAACAGAUACUCGCAGGGUCAUCUGAGGCUUCGAUCAUCACACCAGAAGGGUCGGUUGCUCCUGCAGAAGGUUUAACCGAGGAAGAGGUUAUCAAUGACCUAUCAUUCCAGCGCGUAUGUUCCAUUCUUCAGAACCUUAUCGAGGGAGCCCAGGCAGCAGUUCUUCAAGAAUACACUCCCGGACGCGUUUUGACCGAUUAUAAUGACAGCAGCGACGAAGAAGAAGCUGACGAAAUUGACGAAAUUGAUGAUAUUGAUUACUCUGAUGAUUCAGAGGAUGAAAAAGAAAUAAGUGGCAAACCCUGGUCUCCUCCAGGGGGAAUAAAGAACACGCCAAUGACGAACAUGAUGAGUGGUCGGCCUUUAAGACGCGUGGAUGAGCCUCUAGUGACACCUAAGCACCAACUCAUAAAGAACAAACACCAAUCUUCACCCGCCCUACGACCUGCCUUUUUCCUUUCUCAAUCCGAGGCAACGAAAAGAACGCCUAUGGAAAAAUCUCUGUCGCGAAACUCUUCUCCACCCGUGAUGACUCCAUCUCAUCAAACAAAGCCACCUGGCUUUACUUUUCCAUUGCAAAGAAAUCCUAUCCGUUCGUCUUCCAGACAGUCUAGUUUAAGAAUGAGCCAAGAGCCAGAACAGCCAAAAUGCGCAAUUUCGCCCAACCAACCACGCUUUAUGACUGAACAUACUCAACACAACCUCACUCUAUGA